UCCUUUUCCCCUCGCCCUCCUUCCUUUUUCCAUUUCCAUUUCCCGGUCUGAAACAAUUGAUCAAACGGCAGCGAAAAGGACGUCUAUCUCGUACUCGAUAUAAGACUUCUUUUGUUCCUCUUCUCAUGUCGGCCUUCGAACCAGAGCCUCCUCCCCCCUUCCCACGUUCUGGUUUUUUUUUUCAAAUAAUCACCUUGCUGAUCAUAUCGUAAUCUUUCUCGGUCAACACCUCUAAUUAUCGCAAUCCCCUAAAGUUUUCACCUUUUCCAUCCCCUCAAAAGAGAGAGAGAGAGAGAGAUGCCUCGACCCACGAUCGCUUUCGCAUUGUGGCUCAUUCUCUGCACGUUGCCGUGCGCGUUCCGACGCUCUCUGGCCGGUCUUCUGGCCGAGACGGUCCCGGCCUUCCCGUCCCAGGGCGACACCCAAAUCUGCAAGCUCGACCUCUCCGCCGAGCUCUUCGGCGGCGUCGGCCACGCCUGCGGCCGCAACCUCGACCGGAGCCGCUGCUGCCCAGUCCUCGCCGCUUGGCUCUUCGCGGCCCACGCCAGGUCGGCCCUCCAGAUCACCGCCUCGGCCCCGGCGGAGGACGACACGCCGAUAAUGCCGGACGACUCGCAAAAGUGCGUGGACUCGCUGCAGUUGGCGCUGGAGAGCAAGAAUGUGCGGCUCCCGCGGCCGAACGCGAGCUGCGACGCGGUGCUGUGCUUCUGCGGGAUACGGCUCCACCAGAUCAGCUCGCUCAGCUGCCCCGCCGCCUUCAACGUCUCGGCGGGGCUCCACAACGCCACCCCGACGGCCGCGGUGAGGAACCUGGAGAAGAGCUGCCGCAACUCGUCCUACGCCGGUUGCACCAAAUGCCUCGGUUCCCUCCAGAAGCUGAAGGGAGGAUACAAGAACGGGACGGACCAAGAGUCGAGCGAGCGGGCGAGGAAGAUGUUCGACCGGGACUGCCAGCUCAUGGGGCUGACGUGGCUCCUCGCCCGCAACAAGACGGCGUACAUCCCCACCGUCUCGGCGGUGCUCCGGGCCCUCAUGUACAGCGCCCGCCCUCCCCACGAGUCCACGUGUAGCCCCGACCAAGAGAACAUGCCUCUGGCCGUCGAUUCCCUCCAGCUGGGGAAAGCCCAGUCCGCAUCUCCGCCGUCCCUUCCUUCUUUCCCACUUCUGCCCCUGUUCAUGCUCGCCGCUUUCCUUGUUUAGUGGGGAAGAGGACCAAAACGCGCCAAACAGGGUGUCGUUUUGAGGCCUUUCUUGUUCAUUUUUCUUUUGGCCCACUGUAAAUUUUUAGGACAAAGAGAUGUAGUGCGAGGACUGGUCUUUUCACUUGGCCAAAAACGAAAAAGAGGAAGAGCCCUUUUUGCAUUCUUUCCCACAA